AACGCCAUCUAGGAAGUGAGCUCACUAGGUUUUAAGACACUGCCGUUGUUUAUAGGGUCAUCGUGUGCUCAGAGCUCGCGCAUUUCACGCGGUGUUCUGCUCGUCAGUGAGGACGCGCAGCGAUCGUCGUCUUAACCGUUAUAACGGAUACAUACACAGAUACGCCGUUCUGUUCUUUAAUCGCAUCGUUAUAAUAUUAAUAACAUUAACCAAUUACUAAAGUUAACGCGAUAAAAAUCAUUUGGAUAAACGGACGUCGGAAGGACAUGUUUACGUGAUUUCCGUGGAUUUGAUUUCAUCGGAACGCGUCUGGAGCAGAAACGAGACAAAGCGACAUUUCUGGACAUGAUGCUCGCAUGCCUUUAUGUCCUCCUGGAGCGCGUCCUGUUGUGUAGACAUCUGCAACGAAGAAGUUAUCCAAACAAACACACGGAUCUGAUUUCAUCUGGGAUGUAAAUUGUUUAAACUAAGUGCCAUCGUGCUAUUAAAUAACUCAAGAUUGUUCUAAAACAUGGAGCAAAGAAAAUGGUCGCUUGGUUCCAGUUGCGUGAUUUUCUUUGACUGUGUAUUGUAAUGCCUUCUCUAUCCGUGAUGUUUCUCCAGGAUCCAGCUGUCUCAUCGGUUCCCUGUUCACUGGAGAACAUUUGAAUUCCUGCUUUGAUUCACUUUUCCAGCUUGUUUUUUUGGGGUAAAUGACAGGCACCAUGCAUUUGGGAAUGGAGGAGCCCAUCAGAGAGUGUCAGUAUAACCAGAUCUGUACACAUAACUCCUCACCCAUGGAGACCCCACACACCAUCAAGAGGAAGAGCAAAAGGAAAUGGAAAGUUUUUCCUGGACGAAAUAAGUUUUAUUGCGACGGAAGGAUCAUGAUGGCAAAGCAGACGGGGGUUUUCUACCUUACCAUGGUUCUCAUCUUGGUGACCAGUGGCCUCUUCUUUGCCUUUGACUGUCCGUUCCUGGCGUCAAACCUGACUCCGGCCAUUCCGGCCAUCGGAGGCGUGCUCUUCUUCUUUGUGAUGGGAAUGCUGCUUCGGGCGAGCUUCAGCGACCCGGGCGUCCUGCCCAGAGCCACACCAGAGGAAGCGGCGGACAUCGAGAGACAGAUAGAUGCAGCCAAUGGGCCGAGUGGUCCAGGUUACAGACCUCCACCCAGAACAAGAGAAGUGGUGAUUAACGGUCAGACAGUCAAACUAAAAUACUGUUUUACCUGCAAGAUCUUCAGACCACCACGGACUUCACACUGCAGUCUGUGUGACAACUGUGUAGAGAGAUUCGAUCAUCACUGCCCGUGGGUUGGCAACUGUGUGGGACGGAGGAACUAUCGUUUCUUCUACCUGUUUAUCCUCUCGCUCUCGUUCCUCACCAUCUUCAUCUUCGCCUUCGUCAUUACACACGUCAUACUGAGAUCCAACAGGACCGGCUUUCUCAGCGCUCUCAAAGACAGCCCAGCUAGUGUUCUGGAGGUGGUGGUGUGCUUUUUCUCUGUCUGGUCUAUUGUAGGUCUGUCAGGGUUUCAUACUUACCUGAUCAGCUCCAACCAGACCACCAAUGAAGAUAUCAAAGGUUCAUGGUCAUCCAAACGAGGCAAAGGGAACUACAAUCCCUACAGCUACGGAAACUUCAUCACUAACUGCUGCGCUGCACUGUGUGGACCUCUGCCGCCGAGUUUGAUUGACAGAAGAGGGUUCGUCCAACCAGAUACCCCACAGCCUGUGACCCAGGCUAACGGUAACAGCGCCUGUCCGUCCAGUCAGGUUCAGAGUCAUAUGUGUGCUCAGGACCAGUGCAUUCAGAGCACCAAAUUCGUUUUGCAGGCCGCCACCAACCCGCUCCUCCACAGCCAGCCUGUCAUUCUGAGCGGAGGCCCCACCCUCCAGGCCAAAACCUCUUUGGGAGGACCGUGCUCCACUCUUGGGCCCUCUCAGCCCACGCUGCCCUCCUCUAUCCCGGGCCUCAGCUGCGGAGGAGAGCUGAUGGCCCUGCGGGACUCAGAGAUUCACUGCCAUCAUCAUCUGCACCAUCAGCAUUUCAUCAGUCCGGAAGAGACGCCGUCCCCGCCCGCACCCCUGCCCUGCGCCACCCAUCUGGGUCACCACGUCCACCCGGCACAGCUCUUUGAUCCGGUCAGCCAAGACUCGCUCCAUGAGGAUUCUGUGCGGGGUUUGGUGAAGCUCAGCUCGGUGUGAGCUGUUUCUAAGACCUUGCUGCCAGAAAGCCAUACUUUAAUUCAAUUGAGACGUCUUGUGAAGAUGCAAGCAAGUCUUUCAGCUGUGGGUCAUAACCGAGCUGUAUUACGAUUGUGGAUUUAUAGAGAGGAACAUUGACUGUCUCUUUAAUGGUUUUGGUUCUGGAAGUAUUUCUCCUGUUUAUCUUCUCCAUAGGCAUUUCAAGCCAAACCAGCUUGCUUUAAGAGUAAAAAAGCGUACUUUAAUGGUGUACAUAAUCUUGAAACUCUUAUCUUAUACAUUCUGUUUGUCUAUGAAGAAAAUCAAUGGGAUUUUUACAUCUGGAACCCAAAAGUGUAGGCACAAGGUGGUCGACUUUAGGUGGGAUCAUUCGUAUGAACAGUGUUCCUGUGUGACUCUAUCUGUUCAUUUGUGGUUCUCAAAUAUUACCCGAGCUGUUGGGACGAUAGGGAAUCACAGCAGUCUUUUGUCUGUUUGUACAGCCCGUGAUUCAGAUCUUCACAAAGUCGGAGAGACACAGAACUUGAAUGCAACGUCACUGCCUUCUUUCUCUGGGGAUCUGUCGACAACAUUAGUGGUAUUAUCUAUGAUAAUUAUGCUUUCGUUAAAUAUUCGGAUAUGUAUUGCAUCAAAUCUUAAUCAGAUGCCAACCUUAUGGUCAUGUGAUUAUGUGCCAAAAAACGGUUUACUGGUUUUCAGCAAAAAUGGAAUAUUGUGGAUGUUAAUAAAUUCACAAAUUUUUAAGGAAGCACUGAGAGUGACUUGACUCAUUUUGUUUGUUUACUAAAAAAUGAAGAUAAAUCACAUCUAUGGUACAUGGUUAGUCACACUGUUAAGUGAAUGUAUUGUUAUUGGUUACAUUGGGAAAAAUGUGAGACGACAUUGGUGCAUUGUGUUAAUUAUAGGAGGACCUAUUGGCAGAAAUGCAAUUUGUCGUUUUUACAUACAGCCUCCUUAAAUGGAAGUCAACAUUUUGCAAAUUUUUUACUUGAUAGACAAAAAUCUGUCUUAAGUGUUUCUUAAGGUAAACACUUAAAAACAUCGAAGGGUACUCAACUGUGCUUUUUGACCUGACGCACCAUUUAUUUUAAUACAUUAAAAAUCUAUUAAGGUAUUUUUGGUGUUUAGUAUACUUUAUUCAAGUGCCCUUAUUUACUACCGAACUUGAACUAUACUUUUAAUUUAGUAUAUUUGUAGUGUAAACUUUUAUUUAGCACAAAAAAUAACGGUAGCACUUUAUUUUACAGUACGUGUACUUACCUUGUACAUAUAUGGUAAAUAAGUUGUACUUACAGACAAAAAUGUGUGGUACUUACUUUUAUGUAUCUACAUGGUAAUUAAUUGGUACCAUUACUGUACUUACCAAUGGUACAUACUUGGUAGUUAUUAUGUAACUGGGUAAUACUUAUAUUACUGGGUAAUAAUUUGUAAGUACUGUAAAAUAAAGUGCUACCAUAAUAACAAUGUACUACUGAUGUAUAGUACAUUCAAGUAUACUUUAUUUUACCUGGGUUGUGUGAGAGGAUCUGUGGGCUUUUUGUUGUAUUUUAUGGGAACAUUAGUAGAUUACGGUCAUAAUGGAUUAUUAGCAUACAAACUAAAUGUUGUGCAUUUAGUACACACACUAUAGCAGGGUUCUACGUGGUGUCCGCCAAAGCACAUAAUAGUCUCAAUUGUAAUAUUAAUUUGUUACAUAUUUUUAAUAUUAGCUUGGCUUGUUUUACGUAUGUUAACAUUUUAAACAAUACUAAAACAUAUCAACAAGUAAAAUAAAAUAAACAAGUAAAACAAAAAAGUUUUGAGUAAACUAUAUCAAAAAGUAGCCCUCCAGAUUAUUUUAUCCAUUGUGGUAGCCCUUUCUCACAAAAAGGUUGGAGACCCCUGCACUAUAUUGUAAACUGUCCUGUAACAUGAGAAUGUAUUUUCUUUCUAAUGCAUCUAAUUUUGUGUUAACAAUGUAACUGUCAGUUUGAUAUAAAUUGGGUUGCUAAUUGGCACUGACUGUAUAUUCAGUUUAUUCAUCAAACUGGAAAUGUAAAGUCAAGUGCAUUGGAUUAUGAGAUAUAGUAUGCCAGUAUACAGUUAACUUUUCCACAAACUUUUUAGUGCCCUCUGGUGGAUAACAUUAUUUUUGUGAGAUUUCUAAAUUCAACAUCUAUGCACGUAAUGGAAACAAAUUGUAAUACAGGUGAAUAUUAUAAACAUUAUCAUAUAUUUAUAUAGUAUACUGUGGGAAGUUUGUGUUUUUUGUAAUACAAUUAUAUUUUCUCAUCAGUCAUCUAAUAGAUUUUAAAGUAAAAGCAACAUCACAAAUGACCUUACAUCAUUCUUAGAGAAGCACAAAUCAAAUGUAGAUCU